CGCGUUUCUAUCUUUAUAUAAAAAAAAAAACAAAUGGCUUCUUAUUAUCACAUACCAAAGCAAAAAAGAGCAUUUGAGUCUACAAAGGCACUCAAGACAUAUUUUAAAAGUCAAGGCAUAAGUGAAGAUAACGAUCCUAUACCCAGCAUGGCACAGAUUGUCGAUUACUGUGAACGACAUCCACGCUUACUAAGAAUUCGUGAUUCUGUCCUGAAAAACUUACAUGAUCCCAAUGCUCCUCAUCAUGUUGUACAUAAUUAUUAUGUAGAAAGUGCACUUGACUAUCUAGAAGGAUCUCUUUUUGUGCUAUUUGAACAUUGGGAAACAGACUAUAAGAAAAAAAGACAUGAUACACCACAAAUGGUUGCCUUGUUCUCUGCUUUGGUCAAAGAUAUCUAUAAAUGUCAUACAGAUACACUUGUUGCUUUAAAUAUGCCUUUUCCAGAAGGAAGUGCAUUAACUGCUGUGGAGUUAAAAAGGAGAGUGAUACAAGCCAAUCUUGCAUUGAUCCAUGAAAAAAUUUCGUAUUCCUUUCAUGAUAUCAAAGAUACAUUUUAUACACAAGCCAUUCAGCAGAUUGAGACUUGGUUUUGGAUUAAUCAUCAUAUCAACGACAACACCUCAUUUGCACCGCUUUUCUCUCGUCAUAUCGCUAAAUAUCAAGAUGAAGAAUUGGAACGUCAAGUACAGCUUAUUUUGGACACAGAACCUUCAAAGCUCUAUGAUGUCUUUAAUUUGCCUGUUGAUAUUUUGAACGAAGCCAGUCAGAGAUCCAAUUCAAUCCAGGAUAUCAAAGUUAACCAAUGGUUUAUUAAAAAUGAAGCAAAUCAAGAGUAUCAACUAGAAAAAUUGGAUGAGAAUAUCAAAGAGUUUGCUCUUAUUUGUGAUACGCUGAACAAUUUAAAACUAACACCCAAUUGGAUACACUUGUUGAAACCAAAGAUCAGGGAUCGAUUGGUCCAUUCAAAAUGGAAGGAUGAUUGGCAGGUAUCUAUGGUAGACAUUCAGUUGAAAUGGCUUCAUACGCUUGUUUUGCCAUGGCUUUCUCAUAUUAUACCUCAUACAGACAAUAUAGACAAAAACUGGUAUAGUUUUAUACGCGAAAAGAUCAAGGCUGAACAUGUACUAUAUGAAAUGAUUUAUGAGUUUAGAGUACCAGCUAUUUUUGAUAUCAUAAGGGAAUAUCCCUCUACUCAUAAUGUCAUACAGGACUUUCAUAUUGUAGCUACAAAAAGAGGACUACUGAAUGACCUAAAAGAUAGGCUAAUGGAAGAGUUACUCAACAGACUCUUACAUCAAGGUGCAUCUGCUGUAGAUAUUCUGCAGCAAUAUAUUGCAUGCAUUCAAUGCUUAACUAUCAUUGAUCCUUCUUGUAGCAUCAUGGUGCCUGUGAUUGAUUUGAUAGGAGACUAUACAAAGACAUAUCGAAAUGACAUUGUACAAGGUGUUGUAGAGCUGAUUAGAGAUGCUGAAGAACAUGAAAUUCUAGCUCGAAGGGAUGAAGACAUUUUCAGUUUUAAACAGUCCGAAUUAAAUGACGAGCAAGAGCCUAUAGAUACAGUUGUCAUUAAAGAAGACAAGACAGCUAUGUUGAGAAGAUUACAGAGAAAGUCUAAAGAUCCUGUUGCUAUGCUGAUCAGUAUGUGCAAGUCUUUAAAAGAUUUUAUCAGGGAAUACAGCGAUAAACUAGGCCAAAUCUUAUUGACAAGCAAAGGUUACGACACAGAUGAAGAAGUGCGUAAACUAGAGAUGCUGAAACAAAACUUUCCUCCAGAGGCAUUUCUUCGAUGUGAUAUUAUGCUAAGAGACAUGGAUGAUAGUCGUCGAUUAGACAAGUCUGUUCAUGAAAAGCCUGGUGUUGCAUCCUCAUUUCAUGCGAUUAUCAUGUCUCGUAAAUAUUGGCCUGGUGGCGACGAAGAGGAUAAAGAGAAUGAUCAACAAGAAUCAGAUAUUCCUGUAUGGCCAGAACAUAAAGAAUCCAUAGAGUCUUACAAUACGGAGUAUCAAAAAGUCAAGGCAUCAAGAAAACUAAAGUUUUUACCUCACAAAGGUUCUGUUACUUUAGAUUUGACUUUUGCUUCAAGAACACUAACAGUAGAUGUUAGUCCAGAAGCAGCUUUGAUCAUCAGGUUGUUUGAGGCUAAAAGCGAUGCAUUCACAAGAGAACAAAUUGCUGAUAGAAUUGGCAUAGAAAAGAAAAAAGCAGUGGAUGCACUUGAAUUUUGGAUCAACCAAGAAGUGCUUCGUUUAUCAGGAAAUGGCUAUUAUACCCUUAUUGAAGAAUAGUACGAAAGAUCAUGAAGACGUAGAAAUGACUUUUAGCUGGGUUUAAAUGUGCUUUUUUAUUUUUUAUAAAUAUAUAUUUUUUUUUCAUGUUCUUACAA